AUGGCCGCGUCUUCACGGGGUUUCGCCACCUUUAAGCAACAAUCGCCUCUGCGCCUGCCCGCGUCCCUCCGCACCGCCUUGUUUGGAAGCCGAGAGCAAUGGCCCCAGUCGAACGCUGUGCGCAGCUCGCGCAACUUCUCUUCCUCGAUCCUUCGUAGAUACCAGUACCCAAAGAGCGCCCCGAGUAGACCGUCCACAUUCGUCAGCAGCGACCCCGUCCUGCGGCAAGUUGUUCAAACACGGCAACCUGUUGUUCUCUACGAGGCACCGAAGAGCAAGUGGUACUACUGGAAAGUGUACGGCCUUGCAGCGCUGUGGAUUGGCACAGGAGCCUACGCGAUCAAGUUCCAGGAAGACGUCAAGGACAUCCCCGACUUGGCCUUCUUCGUACGGCCAACAUACGUUGUAGUUGGGCUGGGUUUCGUUGCAAUCGGCUGCUACAUCUGCAGUGCGCCUACAAACCGUAUGCGCUCGCUCGAGAUUGUGCCGAGCAUGAUGGGCGGUCCCAUGCAGUUGCGUAUGACGGUCAAGCCAGCGCCCUGGGCAAAGGAGCGCAUCAUCUACACCAACCUUGGAAGCGCAACACUAAGCGAGAAGUGCCAGCCCAUGGUAGUGGAAUUGCAAGAGGCUGAACGAGCGAAGCGGCAGAGCGUGUGGCAGGACCUAGGCGAGAUGAGCGUCGUCUCCAAGGUUUGGGAAGGCUCAGCGCGCUGGGUGCAUCAGAAAUGGACCAACUUCUUCUUGAAGUUCAAGUUUGCAGUGCUGAGAUUUGGCAUUGCAAAAGUAGAGGUGCAAGGAGAGAAGUGGAAAAUUGACUGCUCAGGUUAUUUGCUGGAGGACGGCAAAGCUGUCGACCGUAUCCUACCGGAAGAAUAA